AUGCCAGUAACGGCACAAUUCCAUUUUCUCCAGGGCAACAUCAACCACUGUGCCAGAGCUCAGGAUCUCCUACUCCAGAGCAUGUCAGAGUGGUCGAUUCACGUGGCUGUGGUCACCGAACCGUACUUCAUUCCCGCCCGUGACAACUGGUUGGGAUGCGCUGACGGUUUGGUGGCCAUUAUUGGCGAGACUCUGAUCGACCCGUCUCGGGGCCGUGGAUGGGUUGCUGCGGUUUCGGGCGGCAUCGUUGUUGUAGGGGCGUAUUUCUCCCCCAACAAGAGUCUCGCCGACUUUGAGGGUUUCCUUGUCGAGUUGGGCGCCGUCGUAGGCCGCUAUCACCCUCGUCCGGUUCUUGUGCUCGGGGAUCUCAACGCCAAAAUAUCGGCGUAG